UAUCUACUUUCGUUUGUUUUAUGGAAAUUCCAGUAAAUAUAAAGUAGAAGUUUUUAAUCUAGAAAUCACAUAGUAAGUCCCCAUUUGAGACUUAGUACUAGAACACUAUUAGGUCUUGAAAAAAUGUGUGAAGAUACAUCAGAAAAUAAAGCUGUUUCAAAAAAAAACAUAUCGAGAUGUUUUUCCGCGGCAGGUUCUUUGGUAGUAUCGAAUUCUUCAACUACCAAUGUAUUUGUUACUAUUUUUAACUUUGAUUGGAAGAACACUUAGAAAAUGUGUGAUAUACACACAUAUAUAUAUAUAUAUAUAUAUAUAUAGAUACGCUUAGUGUUUUAAAUUUAGUUAGAUUCUGUGCACAAACUUGAGAAAAGAUAAAGAGAUAUAUAUUUCUAAUUUAUCUCUCUACAGUAUAUAAAACUGUAUUUACAAUUACAAAAUCGAAUUAUUUACCUCAUUAAAGCGAUACUUUAUAACAGUUUCCGAUUUUCGAAUUCUUACGAUCGCACAUUCAGCUACAAAGGAUAAAUCACAUUUCUAUGACAUUUCCACCGGAACAUCGACCUCAGACGAAUAUACAAUAUACAAAUGUAAGCUAACCCUAGAAUAAUAAAUUUACGUUACCGACAUUUUAUAUGUGAUACUGAUGUAAUAAUAACUUGUGUAAAUUUUUUAAAUUUGAUUUUUAUACAAUUAGUAUUAAGACAAGUUUUCCGAAAACUUUAAAUAAACUGCCUAUACCACGAGAUGCUCUACAUCGUCGUAAAGUAAGUCACUCACGUCAAACAUACACAUCACAAGUCAUCGUCAGUAUUGCGGAAUUCGUGUUACUAUACUUUUUCCAAAAACCAUGGAACUAUCUGCUCAACAAGAAACUACUGCCAAUAAAUUUACAUGUGACACAUGCGACGCAAGUUUUGCAACGGAAUUUGCAUUACACGUUCAUGAAAGUACUCAUGUCUACAACAUAGUUUGUACAAUAUGUAACACGACUGUCGUAAACACCGAACAUUUAAACAAUCAUGUUAAAUAUACCCAUCCGGAAAGCCGUUAUUACGCGUGUGUCAUAUGCGGCACAAAAUUUGCAACACGAUCCGAACUACAAACCCAUGCAAAUACUCAUACUGAAAAACUGUGGAAAUGUAAUUACUGUAAAAAAAUCUACCUCAACUAUUCAUCUUUAAAUAUCCACAAACUCAAUAAGCACAGCGAACUAGACUUUACAUGUGCGAUAUGCUCGUUGGAGUUUUCAUCGGAUUCUGAGUUACAAAGCCAUCUAGCACAUCAUUUACAUUAGAGUGUUGUUUCGGCUGAUAAAAAAAACUAAUGUAUCCGACAUUUAAAGAUUUAUACACAUACCGCAAAUCUUGCCGGCGAAACAGCUAUCUUGUUUAUCUGCCGUAAAUACUGAAGACUCAUUUAUUGUAAACAAAUCCAUUUCUUUCAAAAAUAUUUCUAAAUAUAUUACGUUAAUCUACAGUAAUCAGAACAUGUGUCAAGAAUGUAAAAUAUUACCGUUACAAUAUUGGCGAUUUCAAGAUACCCGUCGACUUUUUCGCGACUUUAUCUGGUCAACAAAUUUAUAAAAGAAAUGAUGCAAAAAAUUAUACACAAGUUUUCUAAAUGUCACGACGUACUUACGAAUAAUUAUGUACUAAAUGCGCACUUGUCACAGCUUCCAAAAGAAGCGUGUUAUCAUACGCGACCCCGUUUUAUAAUGUUUCGUAAAUAUUGCACGCGCGUUUUCUACAAAUCUUUUUUUUACUAUAAAAAUAAAUACAGUAUAUUGGUUUAUGUCUAGCAAUGUGAACUGCAAAAAAUUAACACAUCAGCGAUAGAAUAAUAAUUUUACGUUAUUUCUCGUUUAAGUACCGUCCACAAAAAGCUUUCGUACUGAAAAAG